ACAGACGGCACGAAAUCACAGCGUUCUUACACGAAAUACAAAUACAGCGUGCUUCUCAUUUCUUAUUUGUGCCUUCUCGUUACCGAGGGAAAGAUAGACCUGUGUAUCAUCGCUCACGACUCUUCAGGAAGUUUCCACGCUCAUCCUUUCUCGUCUCCUUGAGAACUGAUAUGCCCUUACUUUCGGUUCCUUUGCUACGAUCUGGAGGACAGUGGAGUGAGAAAACGAGGGGUCAAUUUGAGUAUUGAGACUACGUUUUUAUUCCAUCUACCGCCGUCUACAUCUGUUGAAAAGUCAGCUGAAACUGCUGCCACGCGUGGCCAGUUCACAGCGCAUCAUGUGAAGAGAGAUUGGACAACCUGCCAUGCACGAAUAGGUGGAUUAGAGUGGAGGGAAAGGAUUUAACAAGAGCAAUGGAGCAAAGUGAACCAUCAGAAAAGCAUCUAGAAUGUUCUGAACACAACAAAUCAAGCCUGAAGAACAUGAAUGACUGGACGACAGAUGAUGUCUGUGAGUGGCUAGUCAAAAGGAAUGUCCCUGAGCAGUAUGCUAAGCUUCUUUACAGUAAGGAUGUUUAUGGAGCCUCUCUAAUUCAUUUUAACAAACAAGACCUCCUAGACCUUGGUUUAAUGCAUGGACCUGCGGUUCACAUCACUAAAAUAGUGGCUGAGUUCCAAACAUCCUCACAAAACAUUAAGCACAGUGCCAUACUCAAGGACACAGAUGCAUCAGUAGAGACCUCUGUAGCACAGGGUUUCCAACAAGCAGCUGAAAUUCCUGCCAUUGGAUCUGCUGAAAUGGAGACACCUGCUCAAAUCAGCAUUGAAGAAAACAGGAGUGAUAUAUCAAGAGUGCAGAGAUGGUCAUUCGCCAAAGGAGACAAGGCAAGUGGUGCACAAUCACUGGCUUUACCUUUGACACAAUGCACAAUACAAGCAAAUAAUAUCGGGAGUGAGACCAAAGCACACCUGAUUGUCUCGAAGAACCCAGAGGAAAUAUCAGUGAUCUCUGAACUUCAAUAUUGUGCACCCCGCCCUUUUGAUAAAAGAAGUGAAUCAUUUGAAUACAUACAAAAUGACAUACUUCCACCUGAGACUGGUCCUAGCAACCUUAUUGACCCUCUGCAUGAGUACAAACUCAUGGCAAACACAGAGAAUGCUUCAGAAGAGAAUGUCUUCAAAAAAAUUCAGAAAUGAAACAUUCCGGUUUGCUGCAGCAUGCAUGAAUACUCGAACAAAUGGAACAAUCCAUUUUGGUGUUGGAGAUGAACCACUGUACAAGCAUGGACAAAUUAUUGGACUAGAGGUGCCAUCUCGUGAUAAAUAUGUAGACGAAUUUGAUAAGGGCCUGCAGGAGCACUUCAAAGGAAAAAGUAAUAUUGCAAUGGCAUGCAUUAGGCCCCCCAAGUUUGUAAAAGUAAAAUGUCCAGAUAGUAAGGACAAGUGGGUUAUUGAGAUUGAUGUUGUCCCAAAGUAUAAAUUAACCCAGAAGAAACUUUUUUACACUACAUUAGACAAGAAGAAAAAGAAGUCAAGGUGCCUUUUUGUUCGUUCUGGCGCAAGCACCAUUAAUUAUUUACCUGAAAAUAAUCUUAAGAUUUUUAAGCAGAACUCAAAGAAUUUAAAAAAGGAUUUAGAAUUAUGGGCUUUAGCUAGACAGUUAGCUGAAGAGGAUAUAACUAGCGUAAGGAUGUGUUUCCACCAAUGCAUUUGUUCCAGAGACCAGUGUCAGUGGUGCCUCAACCCUAAAGUGGUGCACCAACCCUAAAGUGGUCCUAUUCAGCAGGGUUGCCAGGUUUCCUCAACAAAACCCACCCAAUUGCUGCUCAAAACUAGCCCAAAACUGGCCCAAUUACAUUUUGACGGGGUUCCUUGUUAAAAAUCGUGUUCUUGGGGAGGUAAAAUACAUGGGCUUCCAGAUAAAAUGAGCAUCUCAGGGGAUAAAUAUUGUUUAUAUUUAUAUUAUUGUUAUUGCUUCAACCUGCAGACAGGAAAAACAACUAUUGAGGUGCCUCAUACCAUGAUUUCUGCUGCAUUGUUUUACACAACCAACUCAAACUCAAACUUGAUUGCACAUCUGCUGUGCCAUCACCCAGCAAUAUCACUGUCUAAAAUCAAUACAGCAGUGCAGUCAUCCAAAAAGUGUUAAUUGCCAAAGAUUUGCAGCCAUUUCAGUGAUUGAGAUAAGAUUACAGACCACUGUCUCACACUUUUUUUCUGGGCUGAGAUAAUUCCGAAAAAGGUGCAAUCAUUCAAAACAGUUGCGUUCUAUCCUUCGCUGGCUGUGCUGAUUUAAAACUAGUCUUUCUGUUGUGUUUGUGUCACAAAUUUAGUGAUAGAUGUAGUGACGAUUCUCUCCAGCCAAUCAGUGAUCAUCAGAGUUUACAAGUCAUAUUUUUGUAAUGGUACGGUUCACUUGGAACCUCAACCGAGGUGGUACAAAAAGUACCAGGUACUGUAUCCAGUUGAAAACCCCCCAAAAAUGAACCAUGCAGUCGAAAAGUGGCAAUAGUUGGACAUUGUGGGCAUCAGAGAUUUAUCUUGCUGUUACUGUUCACUAGAUUGGGAAAUUAAGAGUGCAAGUACUUCAAACCCAUUCCCUGUAUUAAGUCAGACAAGUGCUAAUUUGGCAGAACAGUUGACAAAUGCAGUCAAUAAGUGGAAGUUCGGGAUGCCAAACAUGUUACUCCUAGUAACCACAGAUAAUUGCUGCAAAUAUUGUGAAUGCAAUAGGUGAAGCUGAUGGACUGGGGCCAUGGAUAGGUUGCUUAGCACAUAUUAUAAACCUCGCAGCCAAGAAAGCAGUGUCAAUCAAUGUGGUGUCCCGCCUCCUGGGGAGGGUCAGAAAAAUUGUGACUUUUUUUUUUUUUUUUUACAAAAGCACCACAACCCAUCAUGUUUUGACUGUAAAGGAGGAGACGUUAAACUUGGCCAGAGAAAAAGUUAAUCUUUGAUGUCACAACUCGUGUUGGAAAAAUGCACAGGACAGCGGCUCACCCUCUAUUCUGUCUUAUUGGACAAAGGUCUAAAGGUGUCUGUCAAGAACAUAGCAAUAUUAAAUGACAGUUAACAGAAACUGGCAGAAGAACUUAUUGAGGUCCUCAAUAGGGUUGGGCGAUGUCCCUUAAAUUGGCAGUUGACGAUGUUUACAGUAAAACAUCGGGAUGGACGAUGAUAUCGUCGGGGGGGGGGGGGAUUUUAAUUUUUCGUUAUUAUAUAAUUAUUAUUCGUUAUUUUACUUUAUUACUUUAUUUAUUUUAUUUCCCAACUAAUGACUCAUUCGCGAUUUCCAAUAGGUUGCACAUAAGGGGGAAAAAGUAGCGUCCUACAUUUAAGAAGAGUUGUGCAAUUUUUAAUAUGUUUUUAAUAUAUCUUUUUACAUAAAUAUUUUUUUUUCUUCUUAAAAACUAUAAUUUCGUCAUCCGGGCUUUCCAAUAGGUUUCACGUGAGGGGGGGGGGGGGAGUAGCGUCCUUCCACUUAAAGAGUUGAUACAAUGGCGUUGGUAUUGGUUGCUAAAAAAGGUACUACUUCGCCUAUAUGGCAUUUUUUUGGAUUUAGACCUGAUGAGAGAGGGCAGCCAAGGGACCUGACUGAAGCUGUGUGCAAGAUCUGCUCAUGUGUCAUCCGCGCAAAAGAUGGGCAGACGACCAAUCUUCAUGACCACUUGCGUGUUCGCCAUCCAGCAGAAUAUGCCACUUUGCCUGCACGUGCUGGACCUAGCAAAAAAGCUAGCCAGGGUCAGCAGACGAUAACUGGGGCUUUUGCAAAAGGCACUAAAUAUAAAACCGACAGUGACAGAUGGAGGCAGUUGACAGAUGGGGUAACUCGCUUCCUGGCCAAAGAAAUGGUUUCGUUCAAUACAGUAGAGAAGCCGUCCUUCAAGGCCAUGCUGCAUACCUUUGAUAAACAGUAUGAGCUGCCAGGUCGGAAAUAUUUCUCAAAGACGGCUAUCCCAAACCUUUUCAACGAGGUUAGAAGUAACAUCAUGAAAGAGCUGGGUGAUGUAGAAUAUUUGGCCCUGACAACGGACAUGUGGUCCAGCUGUAAUAUGAUGCCCUACAUGUCAGUGACAGCGCAUUAUAUAAAUAAAGAGUGGACACUGCAGUCCAAAUGCUUACAAACUUGUUUCAUGCCCGAGAGCCAUACAGCAGAUAAUUUAGAAGAAGCACUGCGCGAGGCAAUAAAUGACUGGAAACUACAAGAGAAACAAAUUGCCUGUAUAACUACCGACAAUGGGGCGAAUAUUGUUGCAGCCAUCCGGCAGUUGAAAUGGCCAUGGUUAAGUUGCUUUGGGCACAACUUGAACCUGGCCAUAAACAACUCUCUUGCGCAACAGAGGGCCAGCACAGACCGAGCUUUCGGGGUUUGCCGGGCAGUCAACACUGCGUUUUCGCACAGCUGGCUAAGGCGACGUGAACUGCAGAAAGCACAAGUGGAAAUGAAACUCCCUGAGCACUCACUGAUCACGGACUGUGCAACACGAUGGGGCUCAAAACAGCAAAUGGUGGAGAGAAUUCUGGAGCAGGAGCAAGCCAUCAAACGUGUGUUUGCCCAAGACAAAAGCCGCCGCCCACUCCCCCAGCUGACAUGGCAAGACAUGACUGUUCUGGAAUCUGUGAACAACGCGCUGAAGCCAGUAGCGGACUUCACGGACAUUCUCUCUGGAGAAAAUUACGUAACGGUGUCCUCACUGCUGCCCAUGUUGGCCCAUUUAGAAGGUGUGCUGGAGGAGUCAGUUGAUGAUUCCAAACUGACAGCCGACCUGAAGCGUGUCAUCCUGGAGCAGAUGGAAGGCAGAUAUGGUGAUGACACCAUCCAGAGGAUGAUGCGUAAAGCAACGCUGCUUGACCCAAGGUACCGAGGGGACCAUAUGAAACCUCCAGAACUUCAUUCUACAAAAUCUGAAAUAAUGGAAGAGACUGUGAGAGAGAUUGAUCUGUCGCUGCCAAGGCCAACACCAGGUCCCUCACAUGCUGGAGAAGAUGUAGAGGAACCAGAUGCCGGCGUCGCCACCGUGCCUAAGAAAAAAAAGUGGUCUUUAGGCAGCCUUCUUGCGAAGAGAGCAGCCACAGCAGCUGCAGCCAAGCUCACUGAUGAGCAAAAGGUCGAGUCAGAAAUGACCAUUUACCUGCAGGAAAUGGCCAUCGAUGGGGAAGAGGACCCACUGACUUGGUGGAAAACGAACGAAAAAAGGUUUCCGUUCAUGGCCAGAUUAGCACGGAAAUAUCUGUGCAUAUGUGCUACCAGUACUCCUUCAGAGCGGGUCUUCAGCACAGCGGGGAGUGUAGUUACUCCAAUUCGCAGCUUAUUGAAACCAGACAAAGUGAACAUGUUGGUAUUUCUGGCCAGAAACAUCGAAAUUUAAACAUGGUAUAUGUAUGUAAAUCCCGCGUUUCGGUCUGAUUGUCGUUCCCGUUUCUUGUUCUUUGUUGUUCUUCUGUGUUUUAAUAAAUUUGUGUUAUCUGAAUUACCUUCAUUCUUUCGUUUGAUUUGACAUCAUAGCCAAGGAAAAUUGUCUUUAAAGGUAUUUAUUAACCAGACAAAAGUUAAUUGACGUUCGCUGAAUUCUGUGUUUAAACUGCCGCUUCAGUGCAGUAAAGACACACAUCUAUGUAACAAUGAGCACGAUCUCCCGAGAACACUACAAUAGGAUACUUAUAAUUCAUUAAUAAGGCCUGUUUUCUUGUACAAAAUACAAAUUUAAAAUAAAUGUACGGUGUUUAACAUGCAAAAAAAAGACAAGAUUCUAACAAUGUCAAGAUCAAAUGCCUCACAUUUUCACAUACUAACACACGUCACGUCUAUGGCAUAGACUACAGUGAGUAUUUAAAAUAGCAUAUAUGCAUUAGUAAUAUUCUCAAUUUAAUUUACAGAGCAAUUCCUGCAAAGAUUUUAGAUUAACUAUAGUCUAUAGAUGAAACUAGGAUUAGUGUGUGUAUUUUUUACAGUCUAUGGUGUCGACUCGCAGCGGGGCGGGGGUGGGGGCGUGGCAUCACGAUGGUGUCUCUCCAUCGUGAUGUCAGUCAGCCAUCACGAUGGACGAUGAUAUCGUCCAUCGGCACAACCCUAGUCCUCAAACCAUUCAUGAUCAGGUAUUUGGAGAGCAUUUCAGGACAGAGGAACAACAGGCUCUUUCACUGAGGAGGAUUGACCGCAUUAAAAGUUAGCAGGCAGUAUUCAUGUGGAAACAAAUGAAUGCAAGUUCCCCCAAGAUGUAGCAAAAGUUGCACAAUGACGCCUUUAUGUCCCAGGUACUAUACCUGUACUGUUGUGAGUGAAGUGUAAGCCGGCCUUGCCUUGCUGCAGACAAUAUUGUCAAUGUAGGUUUAUCUUUUUACAGAAGAACCUCAAAAUACAGGAAUAGAUAGCUGACCUAAGUGAUAUUGCACUUUGCAAUUUGAACGAAGGCUACUGUACUGAAGUACAGGUAUAUUAGUUUGAAAUGGUCAAUUUAUGUUUACAUUCAUAUUUAUUUAUGUUUAAUUUAGGAAUUUAUGUGCUCCCCUGUUUAUAUAUGAAAUACCAGCAGCUGUGAGCUGCCAGUGUUAGGAAGAGUAUUGCAAAAAAUAAUAAAUAAUAAAGGAUUUAUUUUUCUUGUCCUGUGACUGUUUCUGUAGAUGUACCAAGCCAUCAGAACUGAACAGAAACGGAAUGUUGCAAGUGAACUGUGUGUUAACUGUGUAAUAUUUUCCACUUCCAUUAAGGUGUUGUCAUGUAUAGAAAAACUGUGAUAGAAGUGAGGGUCAUAUGCUGUAUGUUUUGGUCAAAUAGUUACAGUACGUUAGCUUUGGGG